AUGGCAUCGGAUAUGAACUUUCCCAUUGUGGAUGUGUGGGCAAAUCCCUUCGCUCUGGAUGGCGUGCCAGAGGCCUAUAGGCUCUUUCAACAAAGCCAUGCCAAUCCAGACUUUCUGACUCGUCGACCGACGCCCAAGGAAUUGGUCGCCAUGAUGGACUCAGCAGGAGUGUCACAAAUCUGUCUGGCAUCGUGGCGCCGGCCUGGCCGAAUUAUCUUCUCCAAUGAACAAGUCGCCGAGUUCACGAGGGCGUAUCCUGAUAGAAUCUUUGGUCUUGCGUCUGUGGACUUGCUGGACCCGGUGAACGCUGUGAAAGAACUCGAGCAUUACGUUGUGAAUGAGGGAUUCAAAGGCUUGCGUGUCGUGCCAUGGUUAUGGGCUCUGCCACCCACUGAUGCUCAUUACUGGCCGUUGUACGUCAAGUGCAUCGAGCUCGAUAUCCCGUUCUGUACCCAAGUUGGUCACACCGGCCCUCUGUGUCCGAGCGAAACGGGCAGACCUAUCCCUUAUAUCGACAAUCUUGCACUAAAGUUCCCUCAGCUAAAAAUCAUAUGCGGUCACAUAGGCUAUCCUUGGACGGCCGAAAUGGUGGCCGUCGCUUGGAAGCAUGAGAACAUCUAUAUCGAUACCAGCGCUUAUCUUCCAAAAUAUUAUCCGCCAGAGUUGAUCACUUUUGCCAACACGACUGGACGGAAAAAGGUCAUGUUCGGAACCAACUUUCCCCAGCUGACUUGGGACGCUUGUGUGGAUAGCGUCAAGCAACACCUGUUGGGAGAAGGAGGCAUUCGCCCCGAAGUGGUUGCAGCGUUUAUGGGUGGUAAUGCGAGGCGGGUGUUGAAGCUGCAUGCUCCCUCUCCACAGCAAGUAAAAGCGUCGCUUUGA